AUGAUAUCCAAGUCAUCGCUAUCGUCGCUAUCAAGCCGCAGUCUUCCAAAGAGAGGGCUAUCAUCGAAACCAUAUUGUCAUGGUGAAAUGAAGGUACCGCGGUGUUUGGGAAAGAAGCGCUCUCUAUCAUCUUCUUCCACUGCUGCGUCAUCAGCAGUAGCAGCAUCAUCAUCAUCAUCAUCAUCAUCGACGUUCAUCGGCAGUAAUCAUCAAGAUGACAUCAUCUUCCAUUGUAGAAGCCGACCAAAUAGCUGCUCGUUUCGUAAUCGCAGCUACAGCAGCAGCAGCCUUCUGAUGAAAAGUGCAAUGGAAAAUGUCAUGGACGAGGAUGAGAAUAAUACUAAUAACAACAAAACUGCUUUGGUUCACUACCCAGGCACCACUCGACUCUCGUAUCCAAAUGACAACAAUGCUGAGAAUGACGAGUCUUUUGAAUUGGUAUUGGACGACUUUACGAUUGCCAAACCCGAACGAAAAGGAGGCGGCCAUCUUUUACUAGGACGAAAUGGAUCUGGCAAGUCACUCUUGGUGGAUUUCUUGCACAAACCAGAGAAAUAUUGCAAUAAUAAAGGAGCGUCGACGACCACUCAUGAAGCCUACGACGUUGCGUCCGUCUCCUUUGACUCGCACAAAGAACUCCUUCGGGAUCAUCCGGAUGCAUCCGUCUAUCGAAUCCUUACCGAGGAUGGCUUUGGCGGAACCCUUUCGAAGUCGGCGCAAUACCUCGUCGUUCGAUUUGGUCUCUUUCCAUUGUUGUACCGAAAAGUGUCGACCUUGUCCACGGGAGAGAUUCGCAAGGUCCUCAUUAUUCGUGCGCUCUGCGAUGGUGGUGCCAAUGCUCAAGUUGAUCUCUCCAAACAAAAGUUUCGUUCCAAGCACAAGGAUCCCAAACUCUUGAUUUUGGAAAAUGCCUUUGAUGGACUUGAUUCGGAUUCUCGACUCGAGCUUCAAUCGAUUGUAAGUAAAACGAUCAAAGGAUUGGACAAGAGCGGCAAGCUGUUGAUUCAACAAGUCCAAGCCAGUAGUGUCCGUCCCAUUCAAGUAUUCAUGAGCACCCAUCGGCCCGAAGAAAUCAUGGACGAAAUAUCGACCGUGAGCAUGGCCAUUUCGGAAAGCGGCACCACUUCUGACAACAACAACAACAACAACAACAACAAAUGCAAAGUGGUGACCUUCGAACGACCCAAAGACAUGACUCGGGAAACCCUCCUUCGCACUGCACUGGAGCUGGACGACUUUACCCCUGAGGAUUCUUCGGAAACUACUACUACUGCUCUGGCACAAGCGGACGACGAUCUCGCGUUGCCGUCGCUGGAAGCAAUUAGAGCCGCAUGGCAAAAUGACAAUGCUACACACAAUACUACCCCAGACGUCCUCCUUGGGUUGGAUCAGGUUCAAAUCCAAAGGCCAAAGGAUACUAUUGCGGAAGAUGAAUCCCCACAAGGCAAACCGCAAUCGUCGUCCAAUGAUGAUAAUGACAACUUGGUGACAUUGCUACAUGAAUUGAGUUGGAAGAUUGAAAAGGGGCAGCGUUGGAUCAUUGCCGGUGGGAAUGGUGCUGGAAAAUCGACCUUGACUCGAUUUUUGUUGCAGGGAAGUGGACUUGGAUCCACACGAGACAACAAAGACAAAAUAUCUGGCCAGUAUCACAUUGAUCCGGCCACCAAGGUUGGGUGGAUGUCGACCGAAUCUCAUCUCCAAAUGGUGGUGGGACAACAGCAACAGCAACCACAACAACCACAACAGCAAGAUGAUGAUAAUGAAGAGACAAACAAUGACAUCGGAGUUUGGGAUAUUCUAUGUGACCAUGGAAGAAUACCAGAGAACGUGGCCAACACCUUUGCCAGCUGGGUUGUCGGAGAUUCAGCUCGACUGGAACAUAUCAAGACGCUUCCGUUCGAUCAACUUUCUCAGGGCGAGCAAAAGUUGGUGCUGCUUUCGGCAACCCUGGCCAGACGACCCAAUCUGUUGAUUCUGGACGAACCAACGACAGCGCUGGAUUCCAUUGCUCGGAAGCGAGUAUUGGCUCUGUUGGAACGAAUCUGUCAAGCCACCCAGGACGACCUAACUCUGAUUCUAAUCACGCAUUACCAAGACGAAUGGGUCCCAUCAGUGUCGCAUGUAUUGAAUCUGGUCCGUGGUAAUACCACAUUCCAAGGGCCAAAGUCAGAAUACGUUUCAGAGUAA